UAUACUUCGUGCUUUACAGAUUGUCAACAGCUGAUAAGCUUAAUACACCCACUGUUAUUAUGACUGCCGUUUCUAAACACUGACGAAAUAAAAUAUAUAAUGUGCACCUCAAAUGAGAUAAAUCAGUUUAAUAUUUUAUUAUCUUAAUUUUGCUACUUAAUAAUAAGAUAUGUCAUAAUGACACCAAUCAAGGAUAAUCAAGAUGUGGCUUGUUUUCUUGUCACCAAGCACUCAUGGAAGGGAAAGUAUAAACGAAUUUUUUCAAUCGGAUCUAUGGGAAUUACCACAUAUAAUCCUAAUAAUCUGGAAGUUACUAAUAAAUGGGAAUAUGCAGAUUUCGUUAGUAUUCAACCUACAAAUCGCAAUCAAGUUGGUUCUUUGGAAUUCAGUAUUACAAUCCGCAAAGAUCGUAAAGUUGAAACAAUGAAAUUCAGCUCGGAUCAUAGAUCGCAUUUGUUAACUGAAGCUCUAAAGUAUAGAUUUCAGUUUUUUGAGAAACCUAAAGAAGUAUGGAAAUUUUCAGCCUACAAGCAUCAUUGGUCGGACACAAGAUUGCCAGUAGUUUUAGAAGUUACUUCUUUCAGUCUCGACCAAUUGGAUCCUGCAACAAAUAUGAUUUUGGCAAGUUACUGCUACAAAGAUUUUGAAGGAUUGGCUUCCGUGAAAGAUUAUCCAAAUGGUUUCGUAAUAGUUUAUGGUGGCUUUGGCCGCUUACAUUUAUUCGCAUCGGAACAUAUGGAAGAGAUUAAGAAAAAGUUACUAGAAAGCUCAUCGAACAAUUUGGGUAUUAGCAUAAAAGUCUUAAAAGAGCCGAUUCAGUUGGACGAUUUUGUCUCUCAAAGAUUUGGCAAGUUCAGUGGAGACGAACAUAUAACAAGUGUCUCUGAAUUUACUGUACAUAAAAAUUCCCCACGGCAUUUAGAUCCCCAAAGAAGGACACUUUGUUUAUCGGACACGUGUGUUUUAGAGAGAGAUCCACAAACUUAUAGUAUAUGUACAUUGAGACCAUUAUCAGACGUUUUUGCUCUAAUUCGCGAUCAGAUGAAUCCUCAAUUAUUUUCAAUUCAAUAUGUGAAUGGCCAGAUUCGUAGUUAUAUAGCAACCGACAGAGAUUCCUUACUGGCAUCUUUACUUGAUGGCGUUCGAGCAUCAGGCAAUAGAGACGUUCACAUUAGAAUGUUUUCCAUUGCUCGUGGAAAGAGAUUAGGACCUUUUAAUAUUCCAGUGGAGGAGGAAGUGGAAAACAAUCACGUCAAGUUCCUUCAACAAUUACCAGGUGGCAAAAGUUUUGCUGAAGUCUUAGAAAGGUUUAACGCAAACAUUCCCUACAGUGGCCUUCGAUUCAUAACGCAAGAGGGAGGACUUUUUACGGAGAACAAAGAUAAAUUAAUUCUCAGUGCACUGAAUUCCUUGGUUAACAAAGAAGUGGAAACUACUUAUGAGAUGGAAGCACAAUUUCACGCCAUCAGGCGAUUGAUAGCAAGUAAAGUUGGAUUUGCAGCUUUUACAAGUAUGCCGGGUUUCAGAGAAGCGAUUGGUGGCAGAGUGGUAAAAGCUUUAAAAAGACAGGAUUGGGGAGUGACACAAGCAGCAAUCGACUGUAUAUGUGCUCUGAUGCAACCUAUGCAUGAUGAUUGUGAUUUACGACAAGAACAGUUGAAUAAGAGUAGCCUUUUAAGUAAUAACAAAUUUUUGGAAAGUCUUUUGGAUAUGUGGCUUAGUCACAUUAAUCACGGAACUGGUGCUCUCGUAGUUUCCGCUAUGCUUGAUCUUUUGACUUUUGCGUUGUGCAUUCCGUACAGCGAAACUACUGAUGGCAAGCAUUUUGAUAAUCUUUUGGAAAUGGUAGCGUCAAGCGGUAGAUCGUUAUUUAAAUUAUUUCAGCAUCCUUCUUUGGCUAUUGUCAAAGGGGCAGGUUUAAUUAUGAGAGCAAUUAUUGAAGAAGGACCUCAAGAGAUGGCAGCGAAAAUGCAAGAAUUAGCUCUUGCUGAAGGAGCUUUACCGAGACAUCUUUUAAAUAGUUUAUUCACUGUUGGAAGUGACAGUCGAUUAUUAGCUCACAGACAACUUUGCAGGCAUUUAGUGGGUUUAUGGAUCACUGGACAUCCAGUAGCAAUGGGCUUACUCAAAAGAAUCAUGCCUAUUGGAUUACUGAGUUACCUUGACUCUGAAGAAAAAGUUCCCGAUUCUUUUUUAGAGGAAGAAAGAUUGAAUAAUCGUGACAAUUUAAAAAUUGCCAUUGAUCAUGCGGCGAAAAACAUGAAAAGUCCUCAGUGGAUAGCGUUUGAACGGCGAGUGCGUGUUUUUGAGAAACAAGUGGAAAAUGUUUUUCAACAUUGGGGCACUCGCAUUGGUUUUGAGCGUAAAGAAAAAAUAAAGGAGAGACCAAUUGUUUUGAGAAAACGAAGAGAAAGAAUAAAAUCCGAAGCCAACUGGAAAUUGUUUUAUUAUAAAUUCAAUCAAGAUCACGCAUUGCCGAAUCUCAUUUGGAAUCAUAAAACAAGAGAAGAAUUGAGAACAUCAUUAGAAAACGAAAUCCGAGCAUUUUCAACCGAUAAAGAUUUGUCUGGUGGGAUGUUAAUUGCUUGGAAUCAUCGGGAAUUCGAAGUGCAAUACCAGUGUUUGUCGGAUGAAGUGAAAAUUGGAGAUUAUUAUUUACGAUUAUUGUUGGAGAAGGAUAGUCCCGAUAAUCCAAUUAGAAAAUCGUAUGAGUUUUUCAAUGAUUUAUAUCACAGGUUUUUAUUGACGAAUAAGGUGGAAAUGAAAUGUCUUUGUCUACAAGCAAUGGCCAUAGUUUAUGGUCGUUACUACGAAGACAUUGGACCUUUUUCUGAUACAAAAUACAUUGUUGGAAUGUUGGAACGUUGUUCCGAUAAAAUGGAACGCGACCGACUAGUGAUGUUUAUAAGCAAGCUCAUUCUUCAUAGAAGAAACGUAAAAGAUAUUUUGGAUCAAAAUGGUGUGCGGGUGCUCAUAGAUCUAUUAACUUUAGCUCAUUUACACACAUCCAGGGCUGUUGUUCCCACACAGACUAAUGUAAUAGAAGCUGGUCCCGAUCAAGAGCGUUCGGCGGAGAAAGAAUGGUAUUACAAUGAUGGCGAUAAACGAAAAGGACCACUUCGUUUGAAGGAUUUAAAGGAUCUCUACAUUUCGGGGAAGAUUACUUAUAAAACGAAAGUUUGGGCCCAAGCUUUAGACAGCUGGCGAAUCAUAGCACAAGUGCCGCAACUCAAGUGGACUUUGGUUGCUAAAGGAACUCCUGUGAUAAACGAAAGUGAAUUAGCCACUUUAAUUUUAAAUAUUUUGAUAAAAAUGUGCGAAUACUUUCCAAGUCGAGAUGUGGACAACGCAAUUAUCAGGCCCUUGCCUCACGUCAAACGAUUGUUGUCUGAUCCGCAGUGUUUGCCACAUUUAGUUCAACUCUUGCUGACAUUCGAUCCAGUUUUGGUUGAGAAAGUCGCCACCUUGCUUUGUGAAAUUUUAAAGGACAAUCCUGAAAUAUCAAAGAUUUACUUAACAGGUGUCUUUUAUUUUAUUCUCAUGUAUACUGGAUCCAAUGUUUUACCUGUCGCCAGAUUUUUGCAAUUGACACACACUAAGCAAGCGUUCAGAGGUGAUGACAAUACGCAAUCUGAUAUUAUGCAAAAAAGUAUUCUUGGACAGCUUUUACCAGACGCAAUGGUCAGCUAUUUGGAAAAUCACGGAGCAGAGAAAUUCGCUAAAAUAUUCUUAGGCGAUUUUGAUACGCCAGAGGCUAUCUGGAAUGCAGAAAUGCGGCGAAUGCUUAUUGAAAAAAUUGCUGCACAUAUUGCUGACUUUUCUCCAAGAUUAAGAAGUCACACUAUGGCGCGAUAUCAAUAUAUUGCUAUUCCUGCAAUUAGAUAUCCUCAAUUGGAGAAAGAAUUAUUUUGCCAAAUAUUUUAUUUGCGACAUCUUUGUGAUACUGUUAAAUUUCCUCAGUGGCCAAUUUCAAAACCUGUUAUGUUAUUAAAAGAUGUUCUUGAUACCUGGAAAAAAGAAGUUGAAAAAAAACCACCAAUUAUGACAAUUGAUGAAGCUUACAAAGUUCUUGGUUUGCAAAAUGGUAAACAACACAAUGAAGCGAUAGUUCGAAAAUCGUAUUAUAAAUUAGCGCAAAUGUAUCAUCCUGACAAAAAUCCUCAAGGACGAGACAAGUUUGAAGCUGUAAAUCAAGCUUAUGAAUUUCUAUGUAGUCGAAGUUGUUGGACAACAGACGGCCCAAAUCCCGAUAAUAUUGUUUUAAUUUUAAGAACGCAAAGUAUUCUAUUUCACCGAUAUAAAACAGAAUUGGAACCGUACAAGUAUGCCGGGUAUGGACAGAUUAUUACAACAAUACAAAUGGAAACUGCGGAUGAUCAAUUGUUUUCAAAGUCCACACCUUUAUUAUCAGCAGCAAGUGAACUUGUUUACCAUACGGUUAAUUGCUCGAAAUUAAACGCCGAAGAAUUAAGAAGAGAAAAUGGUUUAGAAGUUCUUCUAGAGGCUUACACGAGAUGUGUCUCAGUACUGAAUAAAUCGAGUAAACCUACUGAAGCUGCAGUUCAAGUUUGUAUACAUAUCACAAAAUGUUUCUCCGUCGCUGGAUCGUUCAGAGGAUGUAGGGAUAAAAUCAUCGAAUUACCUCAAUUGGUUAAAGAUCUAUGUAGAAUAUUACAAUUUAAGCACUUAAAGAAGUUAUGUUCAGUGACUACAGAUUGCAUUUCUUCUCUGGCUGCGGAUAGUAUACUUCAAAUGCAAUUGUUACAAUCUGGAGCGUUGUAUCACCUUCUUUUCUUUAUGUUCAAUUACGAUUACACAUUGGAAGAGGGAGGCGUGGAAAGAAAUGAAAAUGAUAAUUUGCAAGAAGUUUCAAAUAAUCUCGCAAAACUGGCUGUUAGAGCUUGUGCUCGAUUAGGUGGAUAUAUGAAAGGAGAAGAUGAAACGCCUGUCAAUCCAGUGACAGUGAUGACACUGGAAAAGUUGCUUACGCCUUAUUUAUCAAGACAACUGUCAAGCGAUAAACCAAAAGAAAUCCUGAAGACUCUAAACUCCAAUUGUUAUAAUCCAUACAUGAUUUGGGAUAACAGUACAAGAGCGGAAUUGAUUGAAUAUUUAAAAAGUCAACGACAAAAUAAAUUUGGUAGCAAGCCAAAUAUGCAACAUGACUUCAUUGAUCUUACGUAUAGCGCUCAUAAAAAUGAAUUGAUCAUAGGCGAAAUAUACGUUAAAAUUUACAAUGAACAACCUACAUUUCCCAUUGAGAAUUCAAAAGGUUUCACCAUUGAUUUGUUAGAGUUUUUAUCAAAAUAUUCGGAAUAUUUAAUUUCCCUUGAUGGAAUAACUUUAGCAGAAAAAGAUAACGAAAAAUUGAGGCACAUCGUAAUGUCUCUUGAGGGAUUGAAGAAUAUUAUUAAAAAUAAUCCUGACGUCGAAAUACAGUGCAUUGGACAUUUUAAAUUAUUAUUUCAACUUUUAAGUUGUAACAAUAAUAAUAAUAAUAAUUUUAAGGCGAUACAAAAAGGUGCCUUAGAAGUAAUUAUCAACGUUACGAAAAAUCAGGAGUGCGUUAAUGAUAUUGCAGCAAACGAUGUUGUAGUCCAUUUACUUUUGUGUCUAAAUACGUUGAAGGAUUCACAGCUCCAAAUUCUUGAAGCAUUGUAUGCUUUAAUGAGUACGACGAAGAUUGUGAAAGAUGCUUUAAAUAAAGGUGCUGUUAUAUACAUUCUCGAUUUAUUUUGCAAUUCAAAUAACGCACAAGUCCGUGAAGCUGCAGCAGAGUUACUUGCUAAAAUGUCUUCCGAUAAAUUAGCAGGUCCCAAAGUGAAAUUAGAUUUGUCCAAGUUCCUGCCACGAUUGUUUAGCGAAGCAAUUCGAGAUGCUCCAAAGCAAUGUGUCCAUAUGUUCGAGUCGAAGCAGGAAAAUCCGGAAUUAAUUUGGGACGAUCACUCCAAAAUAAAAGUGUCUAAAUUGAUUGCCGAAUUAAAGGAUGAACAUUAUAACAUCCAGAAGCGAAAUCCAAACGCAUUGCUGAAAUUGGCUGAUGCACAGAAUAAUGUAGACCCAGCUACGAAUGAGCCUGUUGUAGGAGGAGUUUACCUAAGAUUAUUUAUUGCUAGUCCAACGUGGGCUCUUAGAAAACCGAAAGAAUUUUUAAGUGAGCUUAUGGAAACAAUCUUAAAUUUAAUGUCCAGGGAAAAGACUGAUUCAGAUAUGCUAGAAUUAACAACUCAAGCUUUAGUAAAUCUAUUGCAAGCACAACCAAACUUAGCGGACCAAAUACCUUCCUUAGGUCACAUACCACGUUUAUGCCGACAAAUGUCAAUACGGAAUAAUCAGCCAUCCGUUUACAAAGCUGCAAUAUUAAUAUUACAUCAAUUAGCAAAUAGUGAGGUUUGCAUAUCAUCCAUUAGCCAAACGGAUUGUAUAAGUCCAUUGAAACAUGCAAUGCAAUCUAGAAAAGAUAUGAUUGCUAUUGUUUGUGAAACGUUAAAUAGGUUGUUUUUAACAAACGAGGAUCGCCUUAUUAAACAAGCUUUAGAAGCAGAUAUGGUACCUUAUCUUUUAAAUAUAUUGGAAGGAAAAACAGAAAUAUUUGAGAAUGUUGCCACCACAAGAGCGCAAAUUGUUAAAGCUUUGAAAGCAAUGGCCCAAAAUUUUUUGUUGGGGGAGAAAGUCAAUGAAAUUCUUGAAAAAUCUCCUGUUUGGGCAGAAUACAAAGACCAGAGACACGAUUUAUUUAUAUCAAGUGGACCAACAUUGUGCUAUCUUCCAGCUGGAACACCGAUGUCUGCCGGUUAUCUUACAGCAGGACCAAGUGCAGCAAUACCAUCUGGCCCACCACCUGUUGAAAAAGAAGAUAAUUCACUAAAUCGUAACGAUUUUUGACAUGUCUGAUUCAAAAAGUGAUGAGGAUUAACUACGUUUAUCUUGUAAAGAAAAUUUGAAAUUGUUUUUUACCGUGAUGUUAUAAAUAUUAAUUUACUCUAACAUUCAUUGUAUUAUGGGUUCGUUAUUGAAAUCUUGAAGUAGAGAGCUUUUAUUUAAUUGUACAUUGAAACUUUCAUGUCAAAUAAUCUCAUAUUUUACCCUUUUUAUAAUAAAAAAGUUAACAUAUUUUUUA